AUGGACCCUGUCUUCAUAACGCCGGAUGACGUAGUUGAGGCGGUUCGUAGGGCCCCGAAAUGGAAAACUCCGGGGCUCGACGGGCUGCAACACUACUGGCUAAAGGGGUUCGUGGUGUGUUACGCUGUGCUCGCCCGACAGUUUCAAGAGGCUCUCGACCAGAAGUCGCUCCCGAGCCUCUUCACUACUGGGAUCACUCAUUUGGUUCCUAAAGAUCAGGACACCACAGACCCGAGCAAAUACCGCCCCAUCACGUGUCUACCCACGAUAUACAAGACACUAACAUCCAUUUUGUGCGCGAGAAUCAGUCGUCACCUGAACUCAAAUCAGGUGAUGUCGCGCACUCAGAAUGGAUGUAGGGGCGGUGGUCGUGGAACCAAGGAACCACUCCUCAUUGAUGCGGUCAUUGGCAAGGUGGUUAAACGCAACCGUCGGAACCUCUCCGCCGCCUGGAUAAACUAUAAAAAAGCAUUCGACUCGGUGCCUCAUGCAUGGCUUAAGAGGGUCCUCGAGCUGUACAAGAUUGACUUUACAGUUAGAGACUUCCUCGGGCAGUGUAUGGGGUAG